ACGUGUGCGGGCGUGCAGGGAAGCGCGGCCACGCCUGGCCCGGCCAUCAUUCCCGACGCGGCGGCCCCUCGGUGCGCCCGGCCGGGUCCCCGAGCGCCGGGUCCCCGAGAUGAGCGCGGGCUCGGAGCGCCGGGCGGCGGCGGCCCCCAGAGCGGUGCCCGCGCCCCGCGCCUCCAGGGUGGAGCUGCGGCUUAGCUGCCGCCACCUGCUGGACCGCGACCCGCUCACCAAGUCCGACCCCAGCGUGCUGCUGCUGCUGCGGUCCCAGAAUCAGUGGGUGCAGGUGGACAGAACGGAAGUGGUCCGGAGCAGCCUGCACCCUGUGUUCUCCAAGGUCUUCACGCUUGACUACUACUUUGAGGAGGUGCAGAAGCUGCGCUUUGAGGUCUAUGACACCCGGGGACCCAGCGACCUUGGCUAUCAGGACGAUGACUUCCUUGGGGGCAUGGAGUGCACCUUGGGGCAGAUUGUGGCCCAGAAGAAGGUGACCCGUGCCCUGCUGCUCAGGUUUGGCAGGAAUGCCGGCAAGUCCACCAUCACGGUGACAGCUGAGGACAUCUCCGGGAACAAUGGCUACGUGGAGCUGUCCUUCCGGGCCAGGAAGCUGGACGACAAGGACCUCUUCAGCAAGUCAGACCCCUUCCUGGAGCUAUACCGGGUCAAUGACGAUGGGAGUGAGCAGCUGGUGUACCGGACCGAGGUGGUGAAGGACAACCUCAGCCCCGUGUGGGAGCCUUUCAAGGUGUCGCUGAACAACCUGUGCAGCUGUGAGGAGACGCGGCCUCUGAAGUGCCUCGUCUGGGAUCACGACUCCCGCGGAAAGCACGACUUCAUCGGAGAAUUCUCCACCACCUUUGAGGAAAUGCAGAAAGCCUUUGGGGAGGACCAGGCCCAGUGGGACUGCGUGAAUGCCAAGUACAGGCAGAAGAAGCGUAAUUACAAGAACUCUGGGGUGGUCAUCCUGGCAGACCUGAAGGGUUCACUCUUUCCUGGACUACAUCAUGGGCGGCUGUCAGAUUCACUUCACCGUGAGUGCACGGGCCCCUCCACACCAGCAGAGCCCGGGCGCCCUGCCCACCCUGGAUGUAACUUGGAGCCUGGCCCGGGGCCCGGGGCGGAUGUGCAGAAGUGGGUGGCCAUCGAUUUCACAGCCUCCAACGGUGACCCGCGGAACAGCUGCUCUCUGCACUAUAUCAACCCUUUCCAGCCCAACGAGUACCUGCAGGCCCUGGUGGCCGUGGGAGAGAUCUGCCAGGACUAUGACAGUGACAAGAGAUUUUCUGCUCUGGGGUUUGGAGCACGGAUCCCUCCCAAGUAUGAGGUGUCCCAUGACUUUGCCAUCAACUUCAACCCUGAGGACGAUGAGUGUGAAGGGAUCCAGGGCGUGGUGGAGGCCUAUCGGAACUGCCUGCCCAGGGUCCAGCUCUAUGGCCCCACCAACGUGGCCCCUGUCAUCUCCAAGGUGGCCCGCAUGGCAGCGGCCGAGGAGAGCACUGGGGAGGCCUCCCAAUACUACAUCCUGCUGGUCCUGACUGACGGAGUGGUGACCGACAUGGCAGAGGCCCGGGAGGCCAUCGUGCGCGCCUCCCACCUGCCCAUGUCCAUCAUCAUCGUGGGGGUGGGCAACGCUGACUUCACGGAUAUGCAGACCCUGGACGGGGACGAGGGCAUCCUGCGCUCCCCGAGGGGCGAGCCGGCGCUCCGCGACAUCGUGCAGUUUGUUCCCUUCCGGGAGCUCAAGAGCGCGUCCCCGGCGGCGCUGGCCAAGUGUGUGCUGGCUGAGGUGCCCAGGCAGGUGGUGGAAUACUUCAGCUACAGGGAGCUGCCUCCCAGAGGCCUCGGCACCCACACCCACGACGCUGGCCCCGAGAGGGCAGGGCAGCCAGGAGUGCGGCCAGUCUCUGUCUCAAGCACCCUUGGGGUGCCUUAGGCCCUCCCCCCCACACGUUCCAGAGCCCUCCUGUACCCCGCCCCCAGGCCCACCUCUUACCCUCCUGUGACCCUGCUGCCCAGACCAGCCUCUGGGGGCCCCCAAGGCUGAAGGAUGAACAAAUCCAGGCCCGGGGAACCCUGAAACAGGAGCCGAAGGUGUGGGGUGCGGGUGGUAGCCCCCCAUGCCUGGCCCUGCCCCAGCCAGGCAGGUGUAGGGUCAGGGGGUGAGGAGGGUUCCCUGAGAGAGCAGGAGGAGGCCCCAGCAGCUCAGCCCAACGCGAAGGGAAGCUUAUGGAUGGGGGGGGGGGGGGUGGGUCCUGCUUUGCAUCUGGUUCUCACGAGGAGGGGCCUGCAGCCUGCAUCCCAGCUGUGGGGGAGACUGGGGUGCCUCCAGAGCUCCUGACCGGUCAGAUUCCUCUUUCUUCCUGCCUUCCUCCCCUGUUGCUUUCCCCAGCUCAGCACCCAGGCCUUGGGGUCCGCAGGUGGGGGCUUAGGCAUAAUAAAGUGUCACCUUGUCCUCGAA